AUGGAUAAAAAGGUGACGCGAUCACUAGAGCAAGAGGCAAUUGCUCUUGUUAAUUUGAGCAAGAAAUAUGCGUCCAACCAACAAGAGAAAAAAAUAGCAUUGAAAGUAGUCGAGGGAGAUGCAGACAAUACAGCGAUCAAAGUAGACGACACUAUUACGACAGAAGUCGACGACGCGUCUGUGGAGCUACUGGACGGCAAUAUCUCGAUGAAUUCACUGCUCGUGACGCUAAAGAAGCGCAAGCUGCAGUAUCAAGUUAUGGAGGAGGAAGUUGCUGGAUCAGAUAAUGGAUCAACUGAUGACGUGGACAAUGCCAUGCUCCCGAGUUUUCGGACCGUCUUCCAGCCACAGCCGAAGGCUGCUGACGACAUGUCCACCGAGUUGGUAGCUCCUGAACUCAAGUGCAAAUACCGUACGGGCAAAUGCUACAACGUGCGCGCGCUCAAGUCGUGCGGCGACUACCACAACUUGUGCAAUUACCAUCGACUCCGAGCCAACGCUAACCAGCGCAAAUUGGACCGCAAGAAGAAAGAGCAGCGUCUGCAACAGCAACUCACGGCAAAUGCAUUGAUCGGCGCGUCCUCACCGCGCUCUGUGAAGCAGCAUUCAUUCCUUGCCGCACAUGCUGCCGCGGCGGCGCUUGCAUCCCUUGUCGCUGCGCAGCCUCAACAUCAUUUUGACGUGCUUCAGCAGCAGAGACUGCUUCUUGCUUCGGGCGCCACCGUACACGAGGCGGGAACGAGCAAUAGGAAUAGAAGUAAUGGUGCCACAAACUGUGUGAGCCCGAAGCAGGAAGAUGCCUGCAGUUAUUAG